AUGACCCGCUUCGUCAGCUGCAUCGAUCUCCACAACGGACAGGUCAAACAAAUUGUCGGUGCUACCCUCACCGAUAACGCCUCGGACGCCCCCACCACCAACUUCGUGUCACAGCACUCCGCCGGCCACUAUGCCCGUCUCUAUCGCGAACACAACGUCUCCGGGUGCCACGUAAUCAAGCUCGGCCCCAAUAACGACGCUGCUGCCCUCGAAGCCCUACGUGCCGCCCCCGGUUUCCUCCAAGUUGGUGGAGGUAUCAAUUACGACAAUUGUCUCGAUUGGCUCCGCGACGCCAGCAAAAUUAUCCUCACCAGCUGGCUCUUCGACUCACAAGGCCAUUUCCAACUCGACCGCCUCCAAAAUAUCUCCGAACGUUGCGGCAAACACCGUCUCGUCGUGGAUCUCAGCUGUCGCCGCGUGCAACAUCCCGACGGCCGCACCCAGUGGAUCGUUGCCAUGAACAAAUGGCAAAAACUCACAGAUCUCGAACUCAGUGCAGACACUUUCCGUGCCCUAAGUGCCUACACCCAAGAAUUCCUCAUCCAUGCGGCAGACGUAGAAGGACUGUGCCGUGGCAUUGAUGAAUCGCUAGUAGAAAACCUCUACAAUUGGACUUGCGAUUUACCAGAUUUGAAAAUCGUGUACGCAGGAGGCGCUAAAAGCGUCCAAGACCUUGCCCUCGUUCACAAACUAAGUCAUGGCAAAGUUGACUUGACCUACGGUAGCGCACUGGAUAUCUUUGGCGGCAACCUCGUCAAUUUUGCCGAUUGUUGCAAAUGGAACGAAACUCAUUAA